AUGCCACGAAAGAAGAACCCCGACGGCACUCCAGCACCCACAAAACCCCGGGUGCGGAAGAAGAAGGAGCCGCAAGUGGUCGCUCAAACGGUGGUCGACCAGAAGCUCGAUCCCGUCUAUGAUGCUCAGAUGGGAUUGGGCCAGCCGAUGGGCAUGCCACCAAUGAUGCCCAUUGAUGACCCAAUGUAUGGGGGACCACCACCGGAUUAUGGUUAUUACGGUCAACCCCCAAGUCAUUUCGGAUCGCCCGAUCCGUCAUCCCCCUACGUUGGUAUGCCGCAAAGUUCGACGCCGCAGCCGCAUCCGCAGGCUGGAACGCCAAAUCAUAUGAUGAUGCGAGGCAUGCCGGGCCCUGCUCAACCCCCGAUGCCACCCGUCCCCGCCGCCUCGGCCCUUGAAUACCGGAUACAUGACAUCAACCGGAGAUUAUAUAUUUUCAACAAUAGCGGGAUCAACGAAAAAGACCAUCAGCAAUGGUGGGACGCUUUUUCGCACGAAUUCUUCGACGAUGAGGCCAAGAUUACGUUCCAUUUGUUUGAUGUGGAGACACAGAAGCAGGAGCGAUUUACUAUCGGCCGAGCGUUGAUUCCACGCUACUUCCGGUCAAUUUUCGACAGUGGUGUCCGGGAAUUGUAUUACGUGUUGCGGUCACCGUCGAUGGAGCGCAUGACCCCGAUGGGUCCGAUGUUGGAGUGUGACAACUUAUUGGUGGUUAACAAGCAGGAGAUGCCCCAGAGUGAGGUGCACACCGACUGCAAGUUCACGAUCGAAUUCACGCAUUUCGAUGAGAUCUACAACCAUCGGAUACGGCAUUGGGUCGUCGAGAUGCGGCAUACGCAAGAAUUUUUGAUGAACGAGAUGACCCAGAAAUUCGAGCCCUGCUCAUCCGAUUCGGAGAAGCCGAAAUCUCCGAUCGCACGAUCUGGGUUGCCGGCGUUGACGUUGAACUACCUCAAACUUUGUCAUAUCCUUGAGCCAAUGCAGUUGCUUAUGAGCUACAGUAAAGGCAAUAUGCAAUGUGGCCCUCGGGAAAUGUUGAGAAGUGUGACGUUCCAACAACAUCAAAAGAUGAAUGAGAUGAACCGGAUGGCAAUGCACGCGCAAAUGAAUGCUCAGCCCGGGAUGAUGGCGCCGCCGAUCGAGGAAAAACCAAAACCGGCCCGCAAGCGUCAAAGGAAGCCGCCGGCAAAUCCGAAGAAUAAGAAGGCGGCGAACGCGAGCCCCGUCACGCCGAACGCCGCCUUCCCGCCGAAUGCGAUGCCCGGAGGAAAUUUUGCUCCAAUGGGAUUCCACGACGUGAUGGUUGUUGGCGAGCCAUCAAUGAUGGGUGGAGAAUAUGGUGAAGAGGAUGAGAGGACGAUUAGUCGGGUUGAGAAUACCCAAUAUGACCCUCAAGCCCUUGCUCUUCAGCAACAGUCGCUUGCCGCUCAGGGUGGGCCCCCUCCAAUGUCAAUGGCCGGGCCAAUGAUGGGCGGUGGGAUGGUACAUUUGGGCCCUCCUGGUAUGCCACCAAUGGGAAUGCCAAAUGGUCACUCAAAUCAGCCUCCUCAGGAUAUGAGUUAUGAUUAUGGGCAACAACAAUGGAGACCUCCCUCAAAUACAGCCAUGAUUACCGGA